AUGCGUUACGCUCUUAUCUUCGCCGGUGUUGCGGCGGCCUACGACGCCUACGGCUACGACGGCUACGGCGAGAACCAAGCUAGCUCCAGCACUCCUGCUUCUUCUACCAGCUCCAAGAUCGGCUACACCACCAUCACGCCCGGCUACGGCAAGGAGCCCGUCACUGUUACUUCUCAGUACCAGGCCUACCCCACAUGUGGUGCUGCUGGUUCUGAUGGCAAGUCCUGCGACGAAUGGAGCGAGGACAAAUAUGUCUCGACCGUGAUCAACGACUACAACUCCAAGAAGGUGACAGUGACCAAGGUUGAGAAACCCAUCACUGUCUACCAGACCAAGACCACCAUCACCCACUACCCUACUACGUCGUCUGUUCCCGCCGGUGGAAAUGCUUACCCCACCGGAAGCUACGGUUACGAGGACAAGAAGAACUCCACCAAGGUCUGGUACGAGAUGUACGAGAAGGUUCACGAGAUCAAGUACAAGGAUCUCGGCGCUCACGGUCUCCCUGGCUACGGUGGUUCCGGCCUCUGCAAGUCUUGCGAUGAUGAGCAACCUUACAAGGUCAAGGAGUACAAGGAUGGAAAGUGGUCCGAGUACGAUACCGUUGCCACCUACAAGGCCCCCACUCCGGAGGUCAAGACCUACGAGAAGCCCGGUGUUUACACCGAGCCAGCCAAGGACGUGACCAUCUCCUACACCAUGACCAAGCCUUCUGAGGCUACCACCACCGCCAAGGCCGGUGUUCCCGUCACCUAUGGUGGCGUGACCACCGAGUUCAAGGAGACCGGUGUCAAGACCUGCGCUUAUGGCGCAUACGAGACUGGCAAGGACAAGGACGGCAAGGAUGUCACUUCCACUGUCGUUAAGACUGUCACUGUCACUGUUUCCACCACCGGAAAGUACGAGGUCGCUAAGCCAACAACCACUGUUUACGAGCACGACUCCGAGGUUGUUUACCCCACAAUCUCGGUUUACAAGCCCGGUGUUUACCACAAGGAUGCGCAGACCGUCACCAUCACCAAGGCUGGCGAGACCGCGUCUUGCGAGUACAAGCAGACCAAGACCUACCCCUCUGAGCCCAAGAAGACUCCCACCUCUGGUGACGACUCCAGCACUCCUUGCUCCAGCACCCUCACCAAGCCCACUGUAGACACCAAGACCUCCAGCGUGCCCUCUUACCCAGCCACUUCGUCGACCCCGGUCUACGAAUCUGAGAAGAUCUACAGCACCUCCAGCGUGCCCACCGUUGACACCAAGACCUCCAGCGUGCCUUCCUACCCCGAGACCUCGAGUGCGCCUUCCUACCCCGCCACUUCAUCGACCCCCGUCUAUGAAUCAGAGAAGAGCUCCAGCACUCCCUGCACCACCAGCACAAAGCCCUCGGUCGAGACCCAGACCACAUCUGAGAGCUACCCGACCUCGACACCCGUUUACGGAAACGAGUACCCUCCCUCUGAGGACAAGACCUCGUCGGUCCCGGCUAUCCCAGCCACCAGCACUCCUUGCUCUAGCUCAACUGUGCCCGCUGUGCCCACCUCCACCGCACCUGCUUACGAUGCCUACCCGACACCCAGCUCCCCUGCUCCUACCCAGGGCAGCGGCUACGGUUACUCCAAGCGUGCCGGCGUUGUCGAGCGCCGCCAGGCUGCAGUUGCCAAGCGUAACAACUAG